UCCGGAGAAAGUGUGUCUGAUCGGCUGUGGAUUUUCCACCGGUUACGGGGCUGCCCUCAAUACUGCCAAGGUGGAACGUGGUUCUACCUGUGCUGUCUUCGGUCUGGGAGGAGUUGGCCUCUCAGUUGUCAUGGGCUGUAAAGCCGCUGGUGCUUCUCGGAUCAUCGGGGUUGACAUCAACAAAGACAAAUUUGCCAAGGCUAAAGAGUUAGGAGCCACCGAGUGCGUCAACCCUCAGGACUUCACAAAGCCCAUUGAAGAUGUGUUGAGGGAGCUGACUGGUGGUAAUGGUGUGGACUAUUCCUUUGAAGUCAUUGGACGCACUGAUACCAUGACAGCUGCCCUGGCAUCCUGCCACAUGAAUUACGGAACGAGCGUGAUUGUAGGAGUGCCUCCGUCAGCGUCACAGAUCAAACUCUGUUGUGUGCUUGUGAAAUUCACAGAUUCUUGGAUCAAUUUAGGUGUCUAAACCUGACUAAAGGGUAUGUGACUUGGGGUUUCAUGUCAAGUUAUCCCUGGCUUACUCCCACUGUAAAAAGGUAAAGUAUUAAGCAAAGCUUUCAUUUGAACAAUAUCCCUUAUUUCCUCUCCCUGUAGCUGUCUUUUAUAGGUAGAAACCCUGCUUAGUAGUCUUUUUGAUAGCAUUAGUCCAAUCUUGUUUUCUUUAAGACAAAACAACACACACACACACACACACACACAAAAGGGGGGGAAGAAAAGGCUAGCAAAGCUUUUUUUUUAAAUGCAGCUUUGGUGGCUGGUGCUGUCUUGCUGCUGGAGGAAAAGGUCCACAACACACAUCGUUUAUGAGCCACUUUAAGACCUGGCAAAGUUUUACCAGCGUCAGGCUAUUAAACGGUUGCUUUUACUUGCCUCUGGUCACAGGAUCCCAGCAGCGUUCCACCAGGCUCACAGUUUGUUCUCUCACAAACCCUGGAGUUACAGUUUUAGAGCCAUCUGACUCUAAUUCUCAUUUUAUAAAUUUGUUUUUGAUUUCAAAACAUCUCUGACCAUGAGAUUUUUUUUGGUACAUCUGAAAAUCAUACCAAUGGAAAUAAGAUUCAGGUUGCCUAAAUACUGACUUGAGCCCAGAUCCCCAGUGGGAAGUGAGGAUCUGGGUGUCUGGUCCCUAAUUUAGGCCCCCAUGAUUGAAAUAACUCUUACAGAAAGUCAUUUAGAAAAUUAAACAUUAGUUCUAAGUUGUCACAUACAAAAUUCAGUGAUGCCUGUAGGAAAUUAUAAAAUCCAGUUUUCUGUUUAAGGAAUCUCUUCCAUUCUGAGCUUUGUGUAUAUGAUUGCAAACCUUAGGGGUACAUGGUGAGUUGGAUUGGACGGCAGGAAAGAAAACUGUAGAAUUCUUGUAAAGAAAGUGUUAAAUUGGUUUUAGGGUGCCAGCUUGAUUCCACUGAAUGCUUUUUGUUUGCACAUAGCGUUCCAUGGGUAAAUAAAUGUACAUUGACAAGUCCCAACAGAUGCAUUAAUAACCCACACACUAACCCUGCUCCAUUACAUUCCUCCACCCCCAAAAAUAAUGCUAAUCCCAGGUUCUUGAUCCUGGAAUUGCACCUCAAGCAUGCUGUUCGCCAAAGGGCUUGCAAGCCCCAUGGUGCAGCUGGGCUAAGAAUGACUAAAAUUCUGUGAUUAAUGGCCAAAGCAGAGAUAUCAAUCAUUAACAUGACUUUUUCUGUUUCAGUAUCCGCACUGUCCUGGUGUUUUAGGAUCAGCAUGGGGAGGUUACGUGAAAUCUUAAAACAAAGUGUGGAGGAAACUCUUGGAUGAUUCUUUGCUACUACUAGCUGAGUAAAAUGGACCAAACAAAACACUGUUUAAUUAGUACAGUUUGUCUAUGAAAACUUGUACCUGGGUCCAGAGCUUUGGAAAUUAAUUAAAGCAAUUAAAUUAAAA